AGGCUACCUAAAAAAAAAUGUGACAAGCUGUCAUGAUCGUCAUGUUAACCAGCAAAAUGCACACUUAGGCUCCAAUUGGGAGCGUGCAAGUGUCGCUGACUUGUGCUGGGCGAGGUGAGAUUACGGAUCUGGUCUUCUCCACGCUUACAGCCAGCCCUAAAUGUCGAUCUUCAACGAAAGGGGUUUGCUCUGAAUGAGCGAUCCGCCCAACAGGGUCCUAAUACUCUUUUACGAUGGGUUCGCGGUCUAUGCUGUAUUUGGCAGUGCGGAAAUCCGGGUGAUCUUGAGACUGAUGGGCGAGCGUUGUUGUGCUACAGUCCCAUCGGCGACAAAGAAUGUGGUACUAGAACGUGGGAAAGCUGAUGGUGGGUAUUCUGGAAACCGACGAUGACUAUUGAAACAAUUCCAUCUGUUUCCGACUGCUAGUGCUGCGCGGGGUGGAUCUCGCGAACUCUACAUCCCAGCAAGACAUCUGCCCAAACGACACGGCAUCGACUUGUGCGUCGUUAUUUGUCUGUCACCUAUCUCUUCCCGCACAAUCUAUGACAGACACUGCCAGCUGUAGC